AUGAAGUUUGUGUUCCUUCCACUCGUUACACUUUUCAGUCUUUUGUCCUUCUCGUCUGCUUUGCCCAUUGUUCAAGAUGGCGCUGCCGUCUCUAAUCUCUACAUUCAAAGAGACGUCUCUGAAGACACCUUGCUGUUGGAGAAGAGGGAAAACGAAAGACUCACCAACUUCCUUGCCUCGUUGAACAGAACCGGUGCUGGAGUGUUCUUCAUGAGAAACGCUGCAAACUCGCCUGGUAUCAACACUCUGAUCAUCAGAAGAAUCGCCGACUUGAUCCGUGAAGAAGGCUUGGAGGAGUUGUUGAAGGUCGCCGACAAGUCGGGCAUUGCUCUUGACUUGGUGAUGUUGAUCUUGACCCACUUUGAAGUCAUUGAUGGAGUAACUGAAUUCACUCAUUACUAUAGAGACACCGACCCAAACCAGUCUGGCAGUUUGAUUCUUGGUCUUAUCAGGUUUAUCACAGGUAACCUCUUUGGCGGCGGUGGGUCUUCCAACUCUACUUCCACCAGUGGCUUGUCCAGCGUGUUUGGUCUUCUUGGAGGCUCUGGCGGUGCAAGAACGUCAGGGUCUAGUUCUAGCGGUGGCCUUUCCAGUCUUUUCAGUGGCCUUGGCAGCGCUGGCGCUAGCUCGGGUUCCAGCACAGGCUUGAACUCCACUGGCUCCGCUGGCAGCUCCGAAUCUGGCUCUGGCGACGCUUCCGACGUCUUUGGCAUUUUAAGCCAGCUUGGCGGUGACUCUGCCUCUGCUUCUCCUGCAACUACAUCUUCCUCUGCAACUACACCUUCUCCAGCCGCCUCUGGAUCCACCCUGACUGCUGACUUCUCCAACGUCGAGUUCCCAGACGCUGCAGACGACGACGCUGCCGACAAAGACGCUGUCUCUAUUGCCGAAGCAGCAGCAGCCUCAGCCACUGGCGCCCAAUCCGAAUCCACUUCUUCUGGCACUUCCGGAGGCUUUGCCUCGCUUGCUUCUGACGUCUCGUCCCUCUUUAAGCGUGAGAUGGACGACGAGACGUUCAAGCGUGAAAGCGACGAGCUCGUGGAGAGAAUAGUGCAGCUUGCCAAGCGCCAGGACGACGACCACGAAGAAGAACAUGGCGACUUUACUGCUGCCUACGAAGAAGGCAUGUCGAUCAUGGAAGAGGAAGAGUCGUCGUCGCUUGGCCUCAUGAUCUCUCUCCAGAAGUCUGGCCUUGGAAUCAGCGUUAUCCACGAUGCCUUGACUGACUCCAGAUGGCACACCUUCAACGGCCGCUUGAUCGACCACCUUAGCGACGAAGGGCUUCUUGACACUUCUGAGUUGAUGGGUGCCCUUGUGAGCUCUGGCGUUAUCUGGAGCACUGUGGGAUCUAUUCUUGGUAACACUACGUAUGUCAGAAACGUGAUUGACUUUGUCCGUGGGAUUUUCACUGGCGACGUGAACCUCCUUGGCUUGCUUCGGGCCUUGUUUGCCUAG